AUGUCUGAACAAAUCGUGCUACCAGCUCCAGCUGACUUUCAUGUCCAUGUUCGUCAAGGGAAGAUGUGCGAACUUGUUACACCGCAAGUAGCCAAGGGAGGUGUAAGAACUGCCUAUGUCAUGCCUAAUCUUGUUCCUCCACUCACCUCUACCGAUGCUGUUUUAUCCUACAAAGCUGAAUUGGAAAGAUUGGAUCCAUCAAUACAAUGGCUUAUGACACUUUACCUCCAUCCCGAUGUGAAUCCUGAGGAAAUCAGGAAAGCUGCCAAAGCUGGCAUUAGUGGUGUCAAAUCGUAUCCUCGAGGUGUAACUACAAACUCCAAUUCCGGUAUAGAAGAUUAUGGAGUAUAUUAUCCCGUCUUCAAAGCUAUGGAAGAAGAGGGAUUAGUAUUGAAUUUGCAUGGUGAAGUUCCUAGUGAUCCUGAGAAGAACAUCUCCAUCCUCAAUGCUGAAGUUCAUUUCCUUACUCACCUUAAAAAGCUCGCCCAUGAUUUCCCUAAACUUCGUAUCGUCCUUGAACACGCAACUACUUCCAAUGCUAUCGAAGCGGUAUCCUCACUUCCAUCGAAUGUGGCAUGUUCCAUCACAGCUCAUCAUCUUUACUUGACGAUAGAUGAAGUCGCACCUCAACCCCAUCAUUUCUGUAAACCACUAGCUAAAGAACCGAAAGAUCGAAAAGCUUUACAAGACGCUAUCAAAUCUGGAAACCCAAAAUUCUUCUUAGGCAGUGAUUCGGCCCCUCAUCCUUUAGGAAGCAAAGUUCCUGGAGUACAAGAAGAUGGUAGUGUAUCAGCUUGUGCAGCAGGUGUAUACACAAGUCCCAUACUCAUUCCUUUAGUCGCUACACUUUUGGAAAGUUUCGGUGCUCUAGAUAAAUUAGAAGGAUUCGUUUCUACUCAUGGAAGGAAGUUUUAUGGUGUACCUGCAAUCGAAGGAAAGGAAUUGACACUGAGAAGAACUGGGAAUGCAGAAGGUGAAGGUAUAGUAAGAGGUACUCUUAAAGGUGAGGGAGUUGAAGUGUUGCCUUUUUGGACAGGAAAGAAACUUGAAUGGGAGAUUGUCAAUUAG